UAAUAGGUAAUCAAGUUAAUUAUGCCUUAGAACAGAAAUUGAUAAUGACACACUAAUUAUUAGAUCACUACGCUAUAUGUAAGGGAAAAUAAAUAAUAUAAUUCUAUAUUAGAUUGUUCAACAAAUAUCCAAAUACGGGAAACUUAGUUUAUUUGCUCUAACAAAUAAAAUGUAUUGGAUACGUUAACGUUAGCCAAUUAGCAUUUUAAAAGAGAACUCUUUCAAAACAAACGGACGAUUUUUAUAAACAAAAGCAAGCAGCAGCGGUGGCAGUAGAUCAGUUGCUGUGGCAUAGGUGGCAGAUGUGGGAUAAAGAAAUUAGCUGAUUGCAUCGCUUCAUUUAAAAAGGAACGAUAGCCAGCCACUACGCCAGAUUUCACAUUGUACAAUAUAGCACACAAACUCCCCUCAAUGCGUCGCUAUAAGCGAACACAAAAUAACUAAACAAACCAUUGUAAACGGAAUAGAAACUCACACAACAAAACACCUGAACUGGCAACAGCGAAAUCAGUAAUACAUAGACUCUGAGUUGAAUUAUAGAAAUGUCUACAACUGUUAUUAAAAAGAAUCAGUCUAGAGCGCAUACAGAUGACAAAAAUGAUAUGUCACAAAGCUCACCGUUUCUAUAUCAUCAUAACAAUAAAACAGCACAUAGAGAGGAUGAAGACUCAUUCAACAAUUUAACAACGAACGGUGCUCAAAAUACUACCGUCAGCAAUGGUAAUGUACCUAAAACAACAUAUGUCACAAAUACGUCAUUAUCAUCUGGAACUUUUAUGAAACUUAAAACAUAUUUACUCGCGCUACGCCCAUGGUCGCUGUCGGGUAGUUUGGUGCCUACGUUAAUGGGAUCCGCACUAGCAUAUCGUUCUCAAUGGUCAGAGAACUUUAGCCUUAUUAUAUUCUUCCUAACUGCGUUUACGGUAGUCACUGUACAUUGUGCCGGUAAUGUGGUUAAUACAUAUUUUGAUUUCAUCAAGGGCAUUGACAAGCAAAAAGCGGAUGAUCGUACACUAGUAGAUCAUAUACUUACAAAGGAUGAGGUUGUGUCAUUGGGUGCAAUACUAUAUAUGGCAGGAUGUGUUGGCUUUAUUUGUCUGGCCAUUUUAAGUUCUGCCAAAAUGGAACACUUAGCGCUCAUAUAUUUUGGUGGAUUAUCAUCAAGUUUUCUUUACACAGGAGGCAUUGGCUUUAAAUAUAUUGCAUUGGGUGAUCUUGUUAUACUAAUAUUAUUUGGACCACUUUCGGUACUGUUUGCUUUUAUGUCACAAACUGGACACGUUGAUUGGUCAACAAUAUACUAUGCCAUACCAUUGGCACUAAAUACAGAAGCGAUAUUGCAUAGUAAUAAUACACGCGAUGCUGAGAAUGAUCGUAAGGCUGGCAUUGUGACGCUUGCCAUACUCAUUGGACGUACUGCUUCACAUGUAUUAUACGCAUUAUUGCUAUUCACACCAUACAGCAUAUUCUUCGUUUAUGGACUUAAAUACUCAUAUUGGUUUCUACUGCCGCUUAUAACAGUACCGAGGGCAUUUAAAAUUGAAAAACUAUUUCGGAAUGAGCAGACGAUGACAGUGGUGCCACGACAAACCGCUAAACUAAAUUUCUUCUUUGGCAUUUUGUAUGUGGUGGCAUGUUGCUGUGCAACACAGUUACCAACAUUCAGUUUUCGUCGGCACUGAGAUUAAGGCAACAGAUCACACAGGCAUAAUACGUUAUGCUUAAGUCUAAAUUUGUUAUGGCAUUAAGG